AUGAGUCUGCCUUGUGGUCAUAAAAUAUGCAAAUAAUGUUUGGAUAUGAAGAAAAAUUCAAAAAAUGCUAAUGAUCUAACUUGUCCAAGAAAUCAGGAACAUAAAUUUACAAAAGGCUAACAAUUUAGAGUUGACUACGAUGUGCUUGAAUAUUUAAAAAAUAUAGACUUUAUCAACAUAAAAUGCAACAACCACUAAGAUAAUUUAGUUGAUUAGUACUGUAUUUAAACUAAUAAUUUUAUCUGCAAAGAUUGCACUUAAAGUUGCAAAUAGUGUAGAAAUUAACCAAGCAAUCAUAUAAAGCUAGAGAAUUUCAAGAUCUAGUUUAAUCUGCUAGAGAAAAGAUACUGGCAAACUAAUAGAAUGAUAAUUGAGACAUAAGUUUAAUUGCAUAAAGUUGUGAUCUUGAGAGCUAUCUUACUGGAUAAAUAGCAAUAGAAGGAAUAGGUCAAAGAAGCAUCUUAAUUAAAAAGUUAAAGAGAAAAAUUUCACCUGCUUUUAUCUAAUAUUCUAAAAGCAGAUACUCUAGAAGAAAUGACGGAUUUAAUAUUAUUGGAUCAAUAAUAAAGAGAACAGCAAGGCCUUUUUGAUGAAUUCAGAUAACUAGUAAAUUUAUAGAUGAAUAAGGAGACAUCUUUCAUUUUUAGGAAACAGUUUGAUAAUCCAAAGACUAAAUUGAGCUUUAAUUAAAUUUAUGUGGGGACCAGAGAUGGAUUUAAAGCAACCGAUUUUCACUCUAGAUGCGAUAAUAAAGGGCUAACUGUUUGCUUCAUAUUGAGUGAAACUGGAAAUGUAUUUGGAGGAUUUGUCACAAAAAGUUGGGGAAAUUAUGCUUUUAAGGAAAAAGACGACUAAGCUUUUAUCUUUUCCUUAACUAAUCAAUCAAUUCAUAUCUAGAAAAAUCAUUUGAACUCAGCAAUUAGAAACGAUCCUCAAAAGAGCUGGAAUUAAGGGGAAUACGACAUUUCGAUUAAUGACAAAUGUAAUGAAGUUGAUAAUACUUUAUGGUUAGGAUGGACUUAUUAAGACUACAAUGAAUGCGAUUAUACUGGAUCUCAAGCCAAAAAUGACUUGAAAAGCAAAAUUAAUUUCAAAGUUCUGGACUUAGAAGUUUACUAGGUCCUGAAUUGGAUUAAUUGA